CAUACAGAGUGGACAACGCCGUGAGAAGACAGCAGCAUAUAAGAAGAUGACUUCACAGACGGUAGAACAGUACAAUCAAGACCGUCUCAUUACACUCAAAUCGUCUACAACAUGGGCUACACACACUACUGGAGAAUUUCCUCGGCCACCGACUGGCAAAAGACGUGGCCACAACUCGUGUUGGACGCACGCCUGAUCAUCGAGGCCGCUGACGUUCCUCUUACCAAAUAUGGCACCAAGAGUGGCAGAGAAGGGGAACCAGAAAUCAGCGACCAGGCGAUCUACCUGAACGGCGACUAUAAAAGCCACGAAUCCUUCAUUCUCGAACCAGAGACGACGAAGUUCAGCUUUUGCAAGACGGCGCGCAAGCAGUAUGAUAUCGUUGUCUCGUCGAUCCUGCUGCGUGCCAGCCAGCUGGCUGGAACCGCAAUCAGUGUCAGUUCGGACGGAACAUGGGAUCGUGAUUGGAAGCCGGCGCAGAGGCUCGUCAAGGAGCUGUGGCCUGAGGAAGAG